UAAAUCGAGCUGAGCUCAACUUCGUUGUGGCUUUGCAGUUUAUUUUAUAUUCGCACCCAAUACAGACGGUUUAGUUCUAAAAGUCCUAGAAAUCAAGUGGACAAGCCCUUUUGCAAAUAUCCUGUGUUCUAUUUCAAAUAACAGUGAACUUUUGGUAGUACCUUGACAUUAUCUUUCAUAUUUUGAAUCAGAGCCUUUAGUAUUUGAAUUCGCAAUGAACCCCAACAAGCAAGAAUCUUCUCAAGAUUCUUCUACUGAGAAUCACCUAAUCAGUUCCGAUUUCGAGAUGAAAAAAGAGAGUGUAGAGCUCGAGAUUAACCUUUUAAAACGAAAACUUAAGGAUGCGGAGGAAGAACUGCGAGUGAAAAACAAUCGAGUCGCCGAACUAGAAUCCCUAAUGAAACUAAAAAAAGAAAAUGGGGUUCAAAUUGUAAGGCAACCUGGAAUCGAAGAUUUCGAAGCCGCUUUUGAGGAUAUCCCCUCCGCCGGUCCAGAAUGGAUGGUAAUCCAGCGACGAAUCGACGGAACUGUAUCCUUUAACACACUGAACUUUAUGCAAAAAUAUUGGUAUAAGCAAGGAUUUGGAAAUCUUGAAAAAGAGUUCUGGUUUGGCUGCCAAAAGCUGCAUGAGUUGACUACAAGCCGAAGACAUGAAUUAUACAUUCAAAUUGCGGAUUUUGAAGGUGCUACUGCUUAUGCAAGGUAUGAUAACUUUGUGAUUGGCAGCGAAAACGAAGGAUACACUUUAAGGUCCCUCGGGGCGUACUCCGGUGAUGCUGGAGAUGCCUUGUCGGCAUCUGUGAAUAAGACAUUCAAGCACUACCGCUGUUACUAUGGCUGUUUUAACAGAGAGUUUUGUUGGUCUUGGUGGGCCAAUUCUCGAUGCAAUUUGAAUGGCUAUUAUCACUCAUGGCAAAUGAAUCUGACAGACGAGAAUGGUAUUUGGUGGAGUACAUGGAACGGAAGGGGAAGACUUAAUCUCAAAUCGUGUAAAAUGCUCAUCAGGCCAUUCCAAAAUGAAUGAAACGGAAACAAAUUAUUUUCAAAUAAAACCAUUUUAAAUAUAUUUUUAUAAAAUGCAUAUUUCAAAUAUGCUCAGUUCCAUUUUUUUAUGAUUUUGAAAAUGUUUACCACUACUAUUCAUAUGUAUAAAUAAACCAGGAUUUCUUCUCAG